AUGUCCGAUUUACAACAGCACCUCCAACCACUUGCAUCGAGUGUUAAUCUCGAUGUCGCAGAUUUGCUGGUUGAAGCUGCCGCAGUGGUCGCAACCUACAACAUGGUCUCGCGCUUCUUGGUCUCUUUGGACAUAGCCGGAUCUUCUGACGAUGUCGUUCCAUGGCCAGUCGACAGCACUGAACACACAAUCGAGCUGGCGCCCAACGUCAACAUUCAUGCCAUAACACUCGUCACCCACCCCAAUGCUCCUUGGAUUGCCUUCUCAAAUUCAUUGCUCACGGACGAGGGGAUGUGGGAAUGGAUUGUCCCACACAUAAUUGCACCGGCUUCGUCAGCCCCGAAUUGGCCGUUCAAAGGCACCUACAACAUCCUCCUCCAUUCUCAACGGGUCAUGGCCAGUCGUCUGUUUCGGCAGCGCCGUGCACUAUCCCUCUCCUCGCACAUGAUCUGGCUCAUCUCAUUUCCAUUCUUAUUCCGUCAGGAAAGGUCAAAUGCGUCAUCGGUGUCUCGCAAGGGGGGUGCUGCCGCUCUAGCCUUUGGUGCACUCUAUCCCACGCUCACAGAAGGCGUUAUUUCAUGUGAUACGGGGCCCAAAACUGCUCCAGGGAAUGCGGAAGCAUGGCAAGAACGUAUUGCCCUUGCAAAAACAAAAGGCAUCGAGGAGCUAGCUAGUGUGACUGUUGACCGCUGGUUCCCUUCUCCGUCCAAAUGUGGACAAGGAGGUUCGAGAUACGGAAGGACAGAAACAAUCAAGAAAAUGAUUGCGACCACCAGCAUCCCCGCUUUCGAGCUCGGAGCAGGCGCUCUCAUGUCGUCGACGACCUACUCAAACCGCUUUCAGAAGACGGCGUCGAUUUGCUGCACAGCGAUGUCAAAACCAAAGUGCUGCUUGUUGCCGGCGAGCUCGAUGGCGGGGGUAAAGUUGCAGCUGGAAUGA